GAUCCGACUGACCUGCUUGAGGAAGGGCGAGAAGGAGCAGUCGAAAAUAAUAAAAGCAGACGGCCGACGAAGAUGAGUGACUACUUGAGAAAAGGAUAUCUACUGAAAUGCCCGCAAAAAGGCAGAGCCUUCAAGAAAUGGAACUCUCGAUGGUUUGUACUGUACGGCAACAGCCCUCGUGGAAGGGUGCGGCUUGAGUACUACGACAACGAGAAAGCUUGGCAACAAGAACGUGGAAAACGAAUAAUACCGCUUGUGCACUGUGUCAGCAUAAAACCUGUUUGGAACAAAGACUAUAACAAUGUUUUAGAAAUCGUCACAUCGGACAAAACAUUUUACUUGGGAGCAGGAAAUAAGGAUGAAGAAAAAGCUUGGUUCAAGUCUCUUUGCAAGGUCGUUUUUGGCAACGCAAAUAGAAAUAGUAUCGUUCAAGUGUUAGACCGGCCUGAUCCUUUUGAUGUUGGUUACAACAGUCUUGAUCGAGGGACAGAUACCGAAAGCAACCUUUCAAGGUGUCAAAGCAGUGCCUUAGGGCAUAGUUCCCCACAACUGUCGAAGAUUAUGGGGAGUCGAGAGAAACUUGGCCUGAAUACAACUGGUACAAGUGAUUUGAAUAUUACUAUAAGCAGCACAGAUACGAUUCCAAGAAACGCAAUUUCAUCGAUGAGUGGGGAGAUAUCAAGUUUGGUUUCUUUUGAGUCUGGUUUUGAUGAUGCAGCGAGCGUUGUCUCAAGUGUUACUGAAGCUAUACACAGAUUCUAUGUAACUGUAAGACCAACUAUUGCAUCACAAGAAGCAGGCAUGACGGGACACUACAUGUUGCAAAUCACUCCAACAAUGCUAACAUUGCUAGAAACUGGAACUGAUAACCUCAUAGCCGAGUGGCAAAUUCAGCAUUUGCGUAGGUAUGGUCGUGGCAGGACAAAAUUUUCCUUCGAAGCAGGAGACAAGUGCCAAACAGGAAUCGGUGUUUAUACAUUCAGUACAAUGGAAGGCGAUCAAAUUUUCCACUUGGUUCAUAUGUAUGCUGAGAGGCUUUCAUCACUUCAGAGAAAAGAUCAAAAGGAAAAGCGUAUCUCUUUGCCAGCUGACACUUUUAAACCUCUAAGUGAGACAAGGCUAAGAGCAAAGUCUGAAGGCAAACUUGUAGACAGCACAGAUGAUGUGUCUGUUCAAGUAUUAACCGAUAGUUUAGGGCACAUCUCCACUAACAUUAAGUCUGCUUCAUCAACUCAGAAUCCUUUCCCGUCAAAAAACAGGGCUUGCACUCUUGAUGUGAUAAAAGAUCACGAAGGGGGAGAGAAAACGAAUCAUUUGUAUGGAUCCCAAAGGCCAAGGUCUAAUACCGAUAUUUCAAUUGAAAAAGAGGCUGUAAGACGUAUACUUGGAUCUCAAGACAAUAACCCCAUUGGAGAAUCAACUGAAAGCUUGUUGCAAAAUCCGGCCAACUACGAUUACAGGAAUGGUUUAGAAGCAACGAAAUCACAACCAGUUGAUGUAGGUCACAAGAUAAGGUUGGAUAAUGAGGAACGCCCGAACAAAGAAGAAAAUAUUGAUGUUAGUUGUGAAAGGAACAGUGAAUUUAAUGAGAAUAAGUUUCAGGAGGAAAAGUUGAGCACUGUGACGGAUUAUGCACAAAACGAGCUUACAGGUAUUGAGAGCAAAACCGGAAAAGAUGAAUUUCAGGACGAAGAACCAAGGAAUAUUGAAAUGACAGAAUCAAAAGCUCCUGCUGAUACAUUGCUAAAUAAAGAGCAAGCUAAUAUUGAUAAUAUAAACGGAGAUACACAAGCAUUUGAUAAAAACGAAAAUGAACCUAUUUUCCAUACAAAUACCGAAAUUGAAAAUAUAAGUGUGGACGAAUUGACAUUCGAUAAAGGAGUACCUUACCAGGUUGAUGGGCCAUCUAGCGACAUUAAAACAGACACAGAAAAUACUCAGGCUUCCACGUAUGAGAAAAAAAGCGAGCUGAAUGAAGAAGAUGCCAGACUGAGAUCUUCCAAAAGACAAAGAUCAAGAAAACUUGCACAGAGGAACAAAAGCUUUGAAUUCGGAUCAAUGUCAGAGAAAACCUGUGACAGCAAAAAACAUUCUGGUUCAUUUUCGUCAUUUGAUUAUCGCAAAUACAGGGAGAAUAACGAACCUGUCUAUAAAAUCGAAAAUGGACCAAGGAAAUUACAGAGAUUUGCAUCUGUAAAGAAAACUGUUGAAAUGUACGAGAAAAUUUCUUCAGCUGCAACUGAGGCCAGACACAAGAGUUACACUCUAUGGAAAAGAAAGUCGUUGAGAUCAAGUCAGAAACCAGAAAUAUCUAAGCGGACAAAUGAUUCGAAUAUGUUACAGGAAUUGUAAGAUCUUAUUUAUCUUGACACCAGUCUUUGGUGUCAGAUGGUGUGCGGGUUUCCAUCCAAACUUACACAAUUUAGGUAUAUAUAUAAAUAUAGAUUAUGCAUUGACAUGAAGCUCUUCGUUGUAUUUUUAGCAAUUUCCUCCUUUUCCAAGAUAUCUUCCAACUGUCAAAAAAUACGUCCGUUUAAUCCCAACUUCAAAACUAACAACUUGUAGAAUCAGCUGUUAAAAUCCACUGAGAGUAGUUAUUUUUUUACAUGAAUUCAAAUGAAAGUUUGUCUUUUUUAAGCACACCAUUCCGUAUUGUGACACCAAAGCAAUUUUUUCUCACAGUUAUGCAGUCUUUUGUAUAAUAUAUGUUGUCUUUCAUUCCUCUCUGAACAUUUCAUUCCCUUCAAGCUUGAGACAGUUAAUGUUCUGUUAUAAUGUGCCUUCUUAAUAUUUUAAAGAAACGUUAAUAUAUUUUGUGGAGAUUAGAUAAAAAUGUCUUAUUUUAGAGGGAAUAUUCUGGUAUAUUUAACCCUAAGAAAGCCGUUAUCGAAGCCAAGUUUUGUGUCACCAGGAAGUCGUUUUGACCACAAUAUUAUCUCGAAUGAACAAUGCGGUAAGGUUGUAUGAUAAUCCAAUUUAAUCGAAAAUUGGGAAGUGACUCUCGUAGUUUAUGAGACAAUGUUUAUCGUUGACUAUGUCCUUCCGUAGGGUACUUUCUAGAAGUACCAAGUAAUUUGCUUCAAUUUAUGCUCUGCAUAUUUGAUACGUAAAAUUCAUACCAUUUAAAAUCUAUACCGCAUUGCUUUCAUUCUUUAAUUUAUUUCCUAAGUACUGUGAUAUGUUUGUCUCCUCAGUUUGUGCACCAAAAGAUGCAUUAUGUCUUUAGAGACAUCCUUUUUAAUGGCUCCUGCGCUUUCCCCGACAAUCAUACCGCCAUCUACCUCUUCUUAAAGAUUACGUUCAAUUGGUUGUGGGUUAUUGCACCCCGCAUCCAUUCAUGCUUUUGUUGAUAUAGCAUAGUUCGUUAGAUUGUUGACUCUGUUCAUGUAGUUGUGAAUUAAAGUGGUUGAAAUUUAAGCAGUUCUCGUUGCAUUUGAUUUAUUGCUGCCGACGAAGCAAUAAUAGGGGUUUUGACUUUUAUUUUAGAGUAUCCAUGACAAUUAGCUUUAUAUAUAAAGAUAGGUGACACUUAAUGUACAAAAUUAGACGCUAGGCAAAUAGAAAUUGUAGUAAGGGAAGAGUUUACUAUGUAUGCUGCUUAUUGAAUCUUAGUUCAUUGACAUUGUUAGAAGCCUUGUGAAAUUAUGUAUGAAGAAAAAUCUUGAUAGCA